UUCUCUUGGGAAGCGAGGAGAAGAGGAGCCUUCUUGGGCGGGCUCCUGCUGCUCACUCUUCUGCUCUCCCGCCCCCGCUCGGAGCCUGGGGGUGGGUCAUGUCUACGGGCUCCCUGAGUGACGCCGAGGAGCUGCCGGAGAUGGACAUGAGAGGGCUGCAGCUGGAAUACCCGGUGCUGUCUCGUUCCAAGCGGCGUCUCCGAGGCGAACUCUGCCCCUCGGUGGAUAACUCCUCAGCUGCGGAGGAAGAAGAAGAGGAGGAAGAAGAGGAGGAGGACGUCUUGGAGAGCUGCGGCGGCAGCAAGAAGAAGCGGGCCAAAGGAGCACCCGCGGCGGGAGAAGGGAAGAGGCAGCCGCCGGCGGGUCGGGGCGCAGCGGCUGCGGAGUGCAAGCAGACGCAGCGCAACGCCGCCAAUGCGCGCGAGCGAGCCCGCAUGCGCGUGCUGAGCAAGGCGUUCUCGCGCUUGAAGACCAGCCUGCCCUGGGUGCCCCCCGACACCAAGCUCUCCAAGUUGGACACGCUGCGCCUGGCUUCCAGCUACAUCGCCCACCUCAGGCAGCUGCUGCAGGAAGACCGCUACGAGAAGGGCUACGUGCAUCCUGUCAACCUGACCUGGCCAUUUGUGGUUUCAGGAAGACCCGAAUCGGACACCAAAGAGGUUUCAACAAGCAACAGAUUAUGUGGAACUACGGCUUAGUUAAAGUAAUCAGUACUCUUGCUGGAUAUGCCUGACUCUUAUGGACCAUCCUGACUCUUAUGGACCAAAACAAAUUGGUGCAAAGAAAUCCACUCUUAAAUGUUUAAACUUGCUCCCCCUUGUUCAGUUGGAAGAAAAAAAUGCACUUACAUAUAUAAUGAAGGAGAUGUUACUGAACUUGCUGCUUCAGCUACAGUGGUGGGUUUAUAAAGGGCUCUUUCUGCAUUGUUAACAACAGUACCUGGAGGAUUGUUGUUCUGAAGCUCUCUGACUAACUGAAGAGGAUAUACAGUGAGAUACCAUUAACAGGAUUAACAGCAUGGACCAAAAUAUAGAUUGUACAAGCUAAACCAGAACAGUGUUGUUUGUAUGCCAAAGGAAAGUGGUAUUGUAGAUUAGUGUUUAAACUCAAAUUUAUAAUAUAUUUGAUCUUUAUGUUCCUGGCAGCUAUGCAGUAGUAAACUACUUCUGUCUGUCAUCUUAGCCACAUUUUUCUUAAAACCAAAGUCUAAAAGGUAGUAUUCCACUUGCUUCUUCACAGCCUGCUCCAAAAUGCAUUGAAUCAAAUUACUUGGAUUUAGGCCAAAUGUAUGCAUUCCCACUGGUGUCAAUGGGGCUGAACUUGGCUGGACAAAAAUGCCACGCCCUAAAUGGCUAAUGAAUCAAAGCCAUAGAUACAUUCUCAUUGGAAUAAUUAUUUUUCUGUAUUUGAGCUGACCACAAUUCUUGGGAUGCAUUCAAAAAAGCUAAGUGAAUUUACCUUCUCUUGAACUUGGAAAACAUGGCUAUAAAUAGAGAGGGUAUUUUAUGAGAUCAGGAACAUUUUUCCAAAUCUCUUGGUUGUAUAAAAUGUUAACCUUUCCAGUGUUACUUUCCAAAUGAAGUAGCAAUCAGUAUUUCAAAUGUAAAUAACUAUAUUUUUUAUACUUUGAUAUUAAAAGCUUUGUUGCAAA